AAAUUCUACAAUUCCUCUUAAAAAAGGGCAUAUCUGUGGGCACAGGAGAUGGGAUGGAGCGAGGUACUGGGAACGAGAGCACUUAAAGCUGACAUCUAUCAAGAGAUCCUUUUGAUCUCUUAUAGCUAUCAAUUGUAAGCAGAUUUUCGUUUGAAGGCAAACUUCCAAAGGAUGGAAUUUCGCUGCUGCUUUCCAGACCGUUCCAGAUUUCGAAAGCCAAUUCUAAUCCUAAAUCUUAAUCAUUCCCUCUCGUCUGGGAUGGUUGGAGAGAAACAAAGACCAAAUAUUUGGAGGAUUCUGGAGGCGUUAAGAGCCAGAUACCUCCAACGUAGAUCAAUAGGGUUAUUUAAGUUUCCGGGCUCUAUAACGUGAUAAAGCCAAGCGGGAUGUUGGGAGAACAUGAGCAAAGCGACGAUCUAUGUGUCAAUCUAAUUACUAAUGACGCUAAAUACGGAAAAAUUCAUUGGUGAACAGUUCGUGCUAACAAAUAUUUACUACAGGGGUUGUCAACUUAAUUUGCAUAAUUUGCAUGCAUUAACCUUUUUUGCAUGAGAAACAAUUGCAGUCGCAGUAUAUAUCAAGGGAAUUUUAGGAACAAAACUGACGUCAAGGUAACAACAAGAAGGCUUAGAGACUGACGUUCCUGACAAAAGUGGUGGUCUUACGUUCAAUAGCAUUUGGUGCGGCGCCUGCUAACAUGAGCUUAUUGUACUUCAUAAAGUUUACCAUUGAGUACAAACGAAUACCACAAGAACAGUUUAUCAAAACUGGGCAGCAGAAGCAGAAGUUGCUCUAAAAGCAAAAGAAAAAGGAAAAAUACUACAGAUAUGGAAAGUAAGAAUAUGUUUUUAGCCACUGACCGGUUGCUAUUUUUCAAAGAUUCCCCAAAAGACCUUAAGUUUACAGUUGAUUCGCCGUAUUGAUGUCAACUAAUUUAUUAUAAGAGAGAUAACUUAGACCUUCCAAAACCUUAGGUCUAUACAAGUUUGGGGCAAUUAAGUUUUAUAGUCUCUGGAACGAGCAGCUUACAAUGAAUCGCUGGACAUGAAAAACGCCUCUCUGUGCCAAGGAAUUACAAAACUUUUGAUGAAGAAAGUACUACUUGAACAAUAAGUUAACAAUAAGAUCUGAAUGUGUCCAUCAAACCAAAAUUAUGUAGGCGUAAGUCGUGUCAUAAGCGUGAACCAAGUUUGAUCAAACAAUAUCAGUCAGAACAAGCCAUUGCACAUCCUGACUUGUUCAAUUGAGCACGUCAAAGAAGAGUUAGAGUGUCAUUGGCAAAACCAUGAUCCGUAGAUAUCGGGCAGAUAUCGGUUUCCCUAGCUUCUCGGUUAAAAGAGACAGUUUAAGGUAUCAGUCUAGGGAUAUCAACUGAUUCCCUAGCGAUUAGCGUAACCAUGAUAUUUCUAUUCGCAAAAGAAUGCGAAGCAAAUUAUAAAGAUUUGUCUAAAAAAGUAAUUCAUGACAUGGGUACAUAACACUAUAUUUCAUCUCUCCUUUUUGCCAUUUGAAGUAAACAAAAGAUUAAAAUUUUGUAAUCUCAUAAUGUAAGUGACUGUUUCGUUUAAUCCUUUCAGUUGGUUGGAGAGCGCAAAGUAUUUUGUGGUAAGUGAAGAAGAGAAACUUCCUGAGGAAAGUUAAUUUCAAUUUAAAAUUUUAAUGAAUGAACGUAGUCGCGAAAUUUUAAUCUGUUCCCAGUUAUGAAAGCAGAAAAUCCCGAUGAAAUAGAUAGGCUGUCAUUUCAUUUGCCAAUGUUCAAGGAGAUGGGUGAUCAGGUGCAUAUGGAAGUUUCACCCCUCAGGCCUUACGCUGGACUAGCAACAGAUAUCUGUAAAAGAGUCAAUAAUGGAGAUGAAACGGUGUUUGAAGACAUACCUACUGUACCUAAAGCAGGACUUUUCUACUGGAUAACGUUUAUUAUAGAAUAUCCAGGUAAGACGCAAGACGAGUUGUUGGCCUUUUGGUUACAGGAGGCCAAAGCUGCGUUAGGAGGAAAGAAAAGCGGAAAAGUGGUUGACCUGUGGAAAGUAGUUGGGGAAAGAAAGGUGUACAUCCUGUUAUGCGUGGAGAGUCCGUACGAGGUGGAUCGUAUUUCGUUUGACCUGCCUAUGAUGAAGCAAAUGGGAGACUGUAUACACAUGGAAGUCAAGUCCGUCAGGCCUUAUGAAGCCUUCCAUGAUGACCUGAAGAAAAUGGUGGCUAGAUAACUUAGCAGUUGAUUUAAAUUUUGGCGUUACGAACUGCAAUGAAAGGCUGCGUUUUGAAGGAAGAAUGGGAUGGGAAAGGGGUUAAAAACUCCAUCGAUUGUUCUGAAUAUUUCAUGUGUGGUUCCUAGGUAUAUCACUUUUUCUACCAGCUACUUCGAGUGGGCCAGAGCGAACGCAUUGUUUCUCUUGUUGUAGAACUUAAAGAAGUUUAAACCACAAGUUUCCAUUUAGCAAAAGUACCCAUCACACCUUACAAGCAAAUACACUAUUUGUAUGUAUGUAUGUAAAUCUUUACGUAUGAUGGACGAUCCUCGCAGUAUCAUACGUAUCUAA